AUGAUACAAGUUUCUUUAUGUUCGACCGGUUCCGACAAUGAGGAAAAAUUUAGCUCGUCGGUCAUCUCUGAGUUGGUGCUUGAUUUUUUUCUACAUGAUUCUUUGCCCGAGUCAGUUCAACUUCGAAUUGGCAGUAGAUUAACGUAUUUAAGUGUUCUAAUGAUAAUUUCUACAGAUAUAAUAACAGAACCUGGGAAGAUAAUUGAAACCAGUGAGUAGGUAUUAAAUUAACAAUAUGAAGCGUUGGUGGCGGAUGACCGCGCUGUUCUGCAUUGUGUUAUCGCUCAGCGCGCAGAAAUCAUCUGCGGCCCAUGCAAGUUUCCCGAGCUAUCCAAGUUUCCCCAGAUUUCCAAAUGUAGAUGAUCACAGCGUUAUCGUAGGCAGCAGUUUUAAGCCGGUAAACGACGACCUCACAGACGAUGAGCCCGCUGCAUCCAUCAAGAUGACGCACAUGCGCGUUCGCUCCGAGAUUGCUAUGCGCUACGCCCGCACGGCCAUCAUAUGCAAUGUGUACAACCCCAGCAAGAAACCGCAGGAAGCCACUUUUGAUGUGCUGCUGCCUGACACAGCCUUCAUCAGCGGAUUCACUAUGACUUUGGGUACAGAAACCUAUGAAGCAUAUGUAAAAGAAAGGAAAGAAGCUACUCAAAUAUAUGACGAUGCGGUUAAACAAGGAGCUUCUGCUGCUCACGUUGCUACAAAAGCACGUGACUCAAACGACUUUACGAUAAAAUUCAACGUCGAAGGCAGAAGUAAUGCAACGUACCGCUUGAGAUAUGAAGAGUUGUUGGUUCGUCGAAAUGGCGUCUACAACCAUGCUAUCAAUCUGCACCCUGGCACGCUUGUGCCUAAAAUGGACGUCGUUGUACACAUCAAGGAAUCGCAGCAGAUCUCUGUACUGCGGGUGCCUGAAUUGAGGUCCGGAAACGAAAUUCAUGCGACAGAAAAAGACGCACAAAACGCUAACGCUGUAAUUCGAAGAGGAAAAAAUGAAAGGGAGGCUACAAUUUCAUUUACACCUAAUCUGGAAGAGCAGAAAAGACUUGCUGAACUAUAUGCGGAAAAAACGAAAAAAACAGCUGACCUUGAUUCUUCAAACGUUGGCUUCGAUAGUGCAGAGAAAGACAAUGAAGUUGAGGGUCUCUUGGGUCAAUUUGUAGUACAAUAUGACGUAAAUCAGCCAGAAAAUGGAGAAAUUUUGGUCAAUGAUGGCUACUUUGUGCACUUCUUCGCCCCGAGCUCGUUACCGCCGUUGAGUAAGCACGUGGUGUUUGUACUCGAUACAUCCGGCUCCAUGGGUGGGAAUAAGAUUGAGCAGUUGCGGAAAGCCAUGAUCGCCAUUCUUUCUGACCUAAACCCAAGCGACUAUUUCAGUAUCGUCGAAUUCAACUCAGGUGUUCAGGUACACGAACUGAAAGAAGCCAAGAAAGCACUGACACCUUACUAUACAAAUCCCGAUUCUCCUGUCGGUAUAGUGCCUGUACCUGCACUUGCAUCACCAGAUAACAUAGCUUCGGCAAAGAUUAUUGUAACCAGACUCAUUGCUGUGGGAGGUACCAAUAUAUACAAAGCCCUUGAUGUGGCCAUUAAUAUUGUACAAAGCCGAGAUCUUCAGAAAGCUCAAACAAAUUCGGCAAAUGUAUCGUUGAUAUCUCAGUAUAACAACGGAACAGACCAAAAUAAAAAUGAGCUGGAACCCAUUAUAAUCUUUUUAACGGAUGGCGAGCCAACCGUGGGUGAAACCAAUCGUGACCGCAUAAUCACGUACUUGUCCGAGAGAAACUCUGGCCCGAAUAAAGCUACUUUGUACACACUUGCUUUUGGUGAAAAUGCAGACCGCGUUUUCCUGCGCAAGCUGUCUCUCCGCAAUGACGGCUUUAUGCGGCACAUCUACGAGGCAGCUGACGCGGCGCUACAGCUUCACGACUUCUACCGGGAGGUGUCCUCACCGCUUCUCUCUGACGUCAAAUUCUUAUAUCCCCGCCGACAGAUAAAAGAAGGGUCGCUGAGCCAAAGUCGGUUUCGCACUAUCAACGACGGUUCGGAAGUGGCUGUAGUGGGUAGGGUCGCUGAUAACAUCAAUGAAAUCACGCCUCAGGUGCUUGGAUUAAGGGCAGAAAGAGAUGGUCGAAGUCGGAAACUUUACGAAGUAAAUCCUACAGUGCCCGUGACUCAAAACAAAGAUGAGUACUUGCCCUUAGAGCGGCUUUGGGCGUACCUCACUAUCAAACAACUGCUGGAUAAAAGUGACGCCGGCGAUACCAGCCAGAGUGGGUCAGAGGAUGACAGUUCUGAAGAAAGACCUGAGAAGAAAGCUCUGGCUAUCGCACUUAAGUACUCGUUUGUUACGUCUCUGACAUCGCUAGUGGUUGUCAGGCUGAACAAAACCGAUGUCGUAGAGGCUGUGGAUGUGGAAACUGUCGACGACCCAAGUUUCUCGCCGUUUAGUGCGUCCUUUCCGCUCAAGAAUUUGACCUAUACCAGUGCAAGUACUGAUGAGGGGCUUACCGUCGCUUCAAGCUUAGGACCUGUGCUGUUUGCUCGGGCAACCAAUCGCCACAACUCCGGCGCCAGUUUCGGUGGUGGACCCACUAGUGGUGCUGUUACACAUAAACCGUAUUCUCCGCCAAUGGCUGACUAUGAAAAUGAUUAUGACCUAGAAGCCUAUGAAUGGACGUCAUCGAUCCAAGUAUCGGGAACUGACUCUCUCGUAUUGAAAGUAAAUGGAACUGAAGUCGUCCUCAAUCUCUCGAAAGAUCUUGUUCCACCAAAAUCGAAAGGAGGAGACCCCGAGUGUUUCAACAGCUUACCUUUAACGGCAAAAGUGGUUGCAACGAAUGAGGGCCCCGCAAGUGUCUGCGUGUACAUCUCGCGGUGCGACGCCGCGCGACACAUCAGCGUUAAUGCAUACCAGACCAGCUACUGCCUCGUCAAUGAUCGGUAUGCCGGAGUUUGCUGUCCAAGAAAUGAAAUAGACAAAUAAUACCUAACCUUUAAAUACUUUAACCUUUAAAAUUAUAAUGCGUUACAUGUGCAUUCGCCUCUGAAGGCUUCAAUAUCUA